GCACUCUUUCCGGACCAUUGGCGGCGGCAGUAGCACUUCGACGGCGGUGCGCUUUACAACAGACCCGGAUCGGAUCGUCUCGUCUCGUCUUGACUCGUUUCGUCUCAGCUCAGCUCUACCUACAUAGCUGCGAUUAAAUCGUGAACGCGAUCGGAAUCGGAAUCGGCAUCGAAAUCGGGAUCGGUGGUUGGCCAGCAGGCACUACAGUAUAAUUGCUGCAAUUUAAUGUGGACGGUGAACUGCUGACGCGGUACAUACUUUUCUGUUUGCAACUGGAGACUCCACUUUAAUCGCCAGCGAACAAAGAACGUUUAGCGAACGUUUCGCAAAGUUCCCAAAAUAAUCUGGCCCGGUAUUGGGUUACGCCAAGAAUGGUUUCCUAGUAGUGACUGACAGGUCUGCCUGCACGGGAUCUCCAUUAAUUUGAACCGAUCCGAUCGGAUCCGAUCGACUUUGAUCUAAUCCGAAGGCAAGGUCGUUCGAGGUUCAUUCAAGCGAAGCCUCAAAUUGGUUAUCUGAGCAGCUUAGAAAACACGGAUCAUUGAGAGCGCUUCAGUAUCGGUUUUCGGUCGGUGUCUUCAGUUGCUUGACUUCGAAAUAAAAUUUAUUGAAGACGUGCUCGACGCGGAAGGACCGUUGGUAAAAACGCUCAAAAAUGUGCCUCUAAUUUAGACCCCAAUGUGCUGCAGCGAAUUUAAGACAUGGACUAUUAAUAUUCAGUGCGGGUCCGAAAAUGUCAAUCACUUGAUUACAGACGACAAACAAAAUCAGUGAAGUGCUCGAAUUCGGGUUGCAUAAAUAAGACGACCACAUGGAAAGUUGAAAUUAAGAGUCAGACUGUGAAGAUACCGCGAUUUUUCCCUGGAGUUCACAUCGCAGCUCUUUUUAACCAUUCAAAAGAAAUGGCUUCCACAAGUAGCAGUCAGCCGGAGAAGAGCCGAUCACAUGUCCCGCUAUGCCGCCUGGGAACGGAUCCGAUCAGUCGGACGAGCGCGGCUGAGGAGCCCAGUGGGCAGAGGGAAUGCUACUACUUCACCCCAGCUACCUCCCCGCACCACCUCCAUCACCAUCGCCAACAUCACCACCGCCUGAAGCAGAAGCAGCAGCAGCACCACCGGCAUCAUCAUCAUCAACAUCAUCAGCAUCAACAGCAGAGCCAGCAGAUGCAGCACCAGUGGCCAUCGCGGCUGGGUCCGAUUGGUCCCUGGCUGGGCGCAAUGACCGCCUAUCGACUGCUGACAAUCAGCCUCCUAAUUGGCAUUCUGUGUCCACAUCACGUUCAGGGAGUGGACCCCAAGUUCGAUCCGACCACGCGCAUGCGCCUGGUUCUGGUGCCGGCGGACGCACAGGUCAACUCGGUAAUCUACAGGUUGCGUGCCACCGACGAGGAGUUCGACUAUCCGCUGACCUUCGAGUUCGUGGGCGAUGCCAGCGCCUCCACCGUCAAGGUGGAAUCGCUUCCCUGCACCAAGUACAACUCGGUCUGCCAGGCCAACAUCGUUCUCCAGCGACGACUGGAGCCGGGGCGGUACUACGACUUCCAGGUCUCGGUGAAGGACACCAAGGGCGGAAUGACCACGCAGCUCUGCUCAAUUACGGCCACCAAUUUCACCACGCCGCACGACCUCAUCUUCCCGCACAAGCCCGGCAUCAUAAUGAUUCCCGAGGAUGCUAAACGCGGCACGGAAUUGGAUUACGUAAUUGCCCGCAAGAAUCCGCUGUUUCAAAAACCAGUCUACCUCGAGUUAUGGGGUUCUCCGCUGUUUGCCAUAAGACAAAAAAUCGUAUCUUCCGAGACCACAGAAGGCACCGUUUUCCUCCUAGGACCACUGGACUUUGAAAAGCAAGCCAUGUACCAUCUAACGAUACUAGCCAAUGAUGCCUAUGCUGAGCCUGGUCAAGACAGUCGCAAUAUUGCGGGAAUGGAGAUUGUGGUUAUCGUCCAGGAUGUUCAGGAUCAGCCGCCAGUGUUCACUUCUGCCCCACCGGUCACCAAACUGCCACCUGGAAUUCUGCCAGGAGAUAAGAUUUUACAAGUUCAUGCAGAGGAUGGCGAUAAGGGAAACCCCCGGGAGGUCCGCUACGGAUUGGUCUCCGAGAACAAUCCAUUCACAUCGUUUUUCGACAUUAACGAAACAAGCGGUGAGAUCUUCCUGAUGCGACCCCUCGAGGACAUUGCCUUCAUCACGCAUGUGGGUGAUCCGGUGCUGCUCACCGUAAUUGCGGAAGAGGUUAAGGUGGGUCGUGACGAGCCGCCCGCACUGGCCUCCACGGUCCAAUUGGCGUUCUUUCUGCCCGAUCGCACCAAUUCGCCGCCGUACUUUGAGAACGAUCAUUACGUCUCGAGGGUGGACGAGAACGCCCCGCAAGGCACCGCACUGACGUUCGUUGAUCCCUACGUGCCGCGGGUCUACGACGACGAUACGGGCAAGAACGGCGUCUUCUCGCUGACGCUGCUCAACAACAACGGCACGUUCGAGAUCACCCCGAAUGUGGCGGAGCGGAGUGCCGGGUUCCUCAUCCGGGUGCGGGACAACUCCAUGCUGGACUACGAGCAGCGCCACUCGGUGCAGUUCCAAGUGCUGGCCCAGGAACUGGGACCGGCCACCAAUCUCUCGGCGCUGGUCAAUGUCACGGUCUAUAUCAACGAUGUGAACGACAAUGCUCCGGUCUUCGAGCAGCCCGCUUACUCCGUGGAGCUGCCCGAGAACAUGACGGCAGGCACCAAGGUGGUCCAGGUCCUGGCCACCGAUCCAGAUUCCGGUUUGGGCGGCAAGGUGCGGUACACGGCCAUUCUGGGCUAUCUGAACACCUCCCUGAACCUGGACGCGGAGACGGGCCUGAUCACGGUGUCCACCAACAAACAUGGGUUCGACCGGGAGGUUAUGCCCGAAUACCACCUCUACGUGGAGGCUCGCGACAUGGACGGCGAGGGAAAUCGGGCUCAGGUGCCAUUGAUACUCAAAUUAAUAGAUGUGAACGACGAGACGCCCACCUUUGACAAGGACCUGUACGAGUUCAUACUCACACCCGAUCUACUGGGCUUCACUACCACCGCAGUGAUCCAUGCGGAGGACAAGGACGCCACUGCGCCGAAUAACGAAGUGCGCUACGAGAUCAUCAACGGCAACUACGACAAUCAGUUUGUCUUGGAUAAAAUAACCGGCGAACUGACGGUUAGGGAGAAGAUCCACCUGCGAUCCAAGAAAAAUGCCAAGACGAGAAGACGUCGGCAGGCGGGCUCAGAUGGCGAGGAUACGGAUAUAUUCAUCCUGACCGCCAGGGCCUACGAUCUGGGAGUGCCAGUGCGUUUCUCCACCACCACGAUCCGCGUUUAUCCACCGGAGAGCCGGAAACGCACUGUGACCUUUGUGGUGCCAGGGCACAAUCCAGACAAGGCCAAGACCGAGGAAACCCUAUCGGCCAUAACGGGGGGAAAGGUGUACAUCCACAACAUCCGACCACUGAGACCCGAUGAGCCGGGUGCCAAGGACAUACCAGCGGGCAAUCCGGGGAUCAAGGAGCGCAGUGUGGUGACGGCCACCGUGAUUUAUGACAGCUCCUCGGUGGUGGACAUAUCGGAGAUUCAGCAACGCUUGUCCCAGCACAACAACUCGUAUGCCAUCAUGCCGCAGGAUUCCUCGGGCACAGACACUCUUACCCCCUUGCAGACGCAGUACAAGGCCGAAAACAAGGUGCUCUUCUGGCUGCUCAUCCUGCUGGCCACUCUGGUGGCUCUGACCAUCCUGAUCCUGCUGCUCUGUUGCAUCUGCUCCUGGUGCCCACUUUACGGGGCGGCGACCAAAAGAAUAGUUAAUAUCAGUAGAACUGAAGACGAUGUGCAUCUAGUGCAUAGGGAAAUGGCAAAUGGAAAACAAACAAAAUCUGUUCAGGUCGCCGAGUGGAUGGGAAGACGCGAUGCCUGGUCAGCGGAGAAACCUCCCGAUAACCGAACGAAGCCCACCCGCUGGGAGUUCCACGAUGGACGUGAGCAGCUUGACGAAGACGUAGGAAGGGGCCAGGACAUCGGCGGGGGGCGUCACAUCCAAUCGGCCGAGGAGCAGCAGCGACGUGUUCGCAUCAAGAAUAACCGCACAGCCAAAGACGAUCUUCAUCUUAAUUUUCAUAACUCUAGGACUAAUCUGAUCAACGACCGCGACGUGUACAUGGAGGAUGUGAUUGAGAAUCGGGAUCUGGCAGAGGACAGGGAGCACAUUACCCGGACCCGGGUGAAUCGGCAGGAGUACGCCCGGAGGAAGCAGUACGACUCGGAUGUCCGGCACAUCGACGAUGACUCCAUGCGAAGGCACGAGAUUGAUCGAGGCAGCGACAUCGACUUCAACACCGCCCACAACAGCCUGAAAAGCAAACGGGAGCUGUUCAUUAAGGACGGAAAUGUGGAGAUCCUACAGCUGAUGACCAGGGACAAGACUAGGGAUGGCUUGAAUCUGGACGACGAUAAUAUCUACGUGAAUGUCCCCCUGAAACCGGCGGGCAAUCUCUCCCACCCGCAGCUUCUGAUGGUGGAUAACUCCGGCAAGGAGAUCCUGAUGCGCAGGUUUAUCGAAGAGCAGCCGGACGGCAAACAGAUCAUCAGAGAGCACUACCAGAUAGUUCCAGGAGCCACAUACAUCCAAUCGAUGCCCAACGAGGUGCAGCAGGGAUCGACCCUGAAGGGGGAUACCUUUCCCUUGGGAAAAUCGGGACCAAAUAGCAUAGUUUACUCCCAACUGGAGCCGGAGGUGAAGGUCAUUCACACUCAGCCGGUGCAGGCAGGUGAAGGCGUCUCUUUGGAGCAGCAGAUGCAGCCAGCGGUUUCCAAUCAAUCGCUCACCCACGAACUGGAGCACUCUCUCAAGCAGCAGAAUGCAUUGCUCAGGCAGAUUCUAAUGGAGAAGGAAAAGCUGGAGAGUGCAUACACGCAGCAUGAAGUGGCCCUGGAAACACAGAGUCUUCCCGGCCAGUCUAUGGCCAUAGGAACUCAGACGGAUUGUGAUGCAGGCACCCAGACAGAGGGACUGGAUGGCGCCUUGGAUGCAGAGAUUACCCAGGCGAAGCCCUCACGCCGAAGAGCCCGCAGCGAAAACGAUGAGUCCAUGUCGGAGGAUGGAUACGAGUACGUGCGCUUCAAUCCGCCAAAUAGUCCUGAGGGAGUCUACUGGAUUAAGCGUCGGCGGACGAAGAAACGGCCCAGGCAACCCCGCAAGCGGAUCGUGAUGGUCGAGGAGGUGAAGCGCAAGAUCCGGACGCCCAUCAAGGAGGAGGAAGAAAUCCAGGAGAGGAAGAAGCGCGUGCCACCCAAGAAACCGCUGCGGGAGACCAAAACGAGUAUCCUGCGCAAGCAGUUAAGUGACGAAAGCCGCAAGGACCAAUCCCGAAGCGGGGAAAGCCAAACAGGCAAUCGUCACAGGUCCGAAUCGGAUGCCAGAAACCGUGAGUUGCCCAUGGAGGUAACCGACUCCAUGGAUGAACUAGCCAGUCCGGGAUCGCACAGCAUCCGAAAGAUACAGGUGGAGAAGUACUACAAGCACUCGGAUGCCGAUUUCGACGAGGACGACACCGAGUACUCAAUCGAUUCGGAUGGCGACGAGAUCGUGAUUAGAACCAAUUACCCCAGUCGGAGCCAGGAGACCGAAAGGUACCGCAGGGAAGAGAGGACCUACGUAGAGCCGGAGGAAGCAGCGGGUCGAAGAAGGUCUCCGAGGAAGCCUUCGCCAACGGACUCUCAGCCAGAAGCCAUGCCGCGACUGUCAAGGCGCGAUAGCUCUAAGAGGACUUCCAGGAAGCAAACGUCCUCCGAACCCCCGCACAACCGAGUAUCCAUCUCCAAGUAUGAGUCUACGGUCACUGAGAACGGCAGGAAGCUGAUGUCCACCUCCACGGAAAUAGUUGGCUCCAAGCGUUCCCUAACCGAUCGUAGUUAUCAGAGUGAAACGGAGCUAGGUGGUCCCGAGCCGGAAGAACGCAAUGUGCCGAAGUACAUGGAGUGGUACUACAAUAAGAAGAAGGCGUCCGUAAGUGGACGCACCUCCACGGAGUCAUCCAAGUCCCAGCCAUCCAGCAAAAAGAAGGUGGGAGCAGCGGAGAAGCGGGUUUCGAAAACCAGGAUCACUGUUCAUCCCAAAGAAUUCGAGGACGAUGAGGAGAUUAAUGGCAGAUACAAGCCAGAGCCUGCACCCCGAAAAUCGCCUCCGAAGGGAAGUCGCAUGCUGAAGGAGGACCGGGCUCUGAACAAGCAGCAUAAACCAAAAAUCGAGACUGACACGAAUCACCCACUCCUCCAGCACUCGGAGCACCGUUUCGAAAGGGAGAACGCCCUGGAGGUGCCGGCUGCACCCACCAAGCUGCCCCACUACAUGUACCCGGAGACUCCGCCACGGGCGGCUGCCGCCAACAAGGAAACCAAGUCCACCAAGGAGCCCAGACCCAAGCCAUCACCCAUCCGGGAAAACGAAGUCAAAGUGUCCAACUCAAAGAUCUACGUGGAGAAUCGCGGAGCGGGGCCUCCCACGCAGAAACAGCUGAAUGCCUCGACUCUGGAGGAUGAUCACGAUUCCGGAAUAGCCAUGAACUCACUGCUCAACAGCCUGGGACGCAGGAAUCCCAUUGCCGAGAAGAAGAGCGUCUUCUCCAUCGCCUACGACGAUGUCAGCCGAGUGAAGAAGAUCAACUCGGGGGGCGAGUCGCCGCAGUACUCGUAGGAUCGUAGGAUCGUACGAUCCACUACAAACCCUGCAAAGGAACAAUCAUAUGUGAUAGCCUCAAAGGCUCCCUACCUGCGAAUCAUCGAACCAACACUAUCUGCAAUACUGUAUAAUAUACACCAAAAGCCAGCAUGUUACCCAUUCGUAGUCUACGGGAUGUUGAGAAAUGUUCAACUCGUUUCCGUGCACCGAAAGUACGUUAGGACCCGGAUCGGUUAGCCACUUUCAUUUUACCCUUAAGCCGACAGAUGUAGUUCAAAGUUUUAUAUAUAAUGUUAUAAUUAGAAGUUUGGUAUGGAACCGACGUUCAAAAAGGUUACUACAUCUCUAAUCUACGAGGCCCUGUCACCCGAUUUAUUUAGACGAUAUUUGCCAGAACUUGGGGCCAUGCCGCCAACGUAUCAACUCUAUCCUAUAUUCAUAAUGUACUGGACUUUGCAUGACCAAAAUUGUUAAGAAUAUUUAUAUGGAUAAUGUUUAAUGGAUCUUUGUACAUGUACAUACAUUUGUAGUUAUAUCCCACAAGUCAUUACCAAGUGCUUUCCUACCACAAACUUGUGCAGAUGUGUAUGUACGUAAGCUAAUGUAUACUAUGCAGUCGAAUAAACAAAUGCCUGCCAUAUUUAAAUCACUUGCAAAUAUAAUCUAAUAAAUCAGAAGCAAGUUUUUGUAAAUACUUUAAAGAUAAGGCUAUGCAAAUAAAUCAAAUUAAUCCCAAAUAAGGUUUUUUCAUUU